AUGGCGAACCGCGAGAAGGGAGGCCGCGUGGUCUUCAUCGGCAACAUCCCGUAUGGAGUCAGCGAAGAGAUGAUCAUGGAGAUCUUCUCGUCGUGCGGCAAGGUCGUGAACUUCAGGCUGGUCUACGACAAGGAGACGGGACAACCAAAGGGCUUUGGCUUCUUGGAAUACUCGGACACCGACAGCGCGCAGUCAGCGAUCAGGAACCUGAACGAGUACGAGCUGAAUGGACGGACCCUACGAGUCGACUUCAGCAACGACAACCGCGCAACCAAGAACGAAGCCCAGAACAACAACCAGGGCAAUCGAGCGCCACCGCCUGCUCACUUCGAUGCCGCGCCCCCAGCUGCCAGACCGGACUCGGCCGCACUACCACCGCUUCCACAGGGAGUCCAGCUUCCGCCAGGCGUGACCGCGUUUGAUGCGAUCAGUAAGACACUCGCACAACACCCGACUCCCGACUUGCUCGACUUCAUCAGCCAGAUGAAGGGCAUCUGUGCUAGCAACCCUACACAAGCCACCGCUCUGCUGGCGUCAUCCCCUCAGCUCGGCUACGCCGUCUUCCAGGCAAUGCUCCUGCUCAAUCUCGUCGAUGCAAACAUCGUGCAAUCCCUCGUCCCACACCAAGCGCCCGCGCCCGCGCCCGCGCCAGCUCCACAACCUCCCAUUCCACAACCUCCAGUUCCGCAACAACUUCCCCAGCACCCGCCCGGUUACCCUCCCCAACAUCCUCCAGGCUACCCUCCGCAAGUGCCUGCUGGCUAUCCUCCACAACCACCUUCCGGCUAUCCGGCUCCGCAACCUCAAUUCGGUGCCCCGACGUAUGCCCCCACACCACCAGUGCCACAACCUGCGUACCAGCCACCGCCGCAACAGCAAGCCGCACCUCCGGCUGGGGCUCCUAAUCAGCAAGAGUUGGUGAAUCAAGUCCUGCGCUUGACGAGGGAGCAGAUCUACGCAAUGCCAGAGGAUGCGCAACGACAGAUCCUUGCUCUCAGACAGUCGUAUGGUGUGCCGAUCUAG